AUGGAUGCCAUUGCAAAUUUGAAUCCUAGAGUUGGUAUGGAAUUCGAUACAUCAGAAGAUGCAUGGGAAUUUGGGGUAAAAUAUGGAAGGCAAAUGGGCUUUGGUGUUAGAAAACAUUACAUAAAUAAAAGUAAGAAGGAUGGAAAUGUAACAUCGAGGGGACUUGUAUGUGCAAAACAAGGCAUUCGAGGUACAAAAGAAGAAGAUAUCAUUCUCACUCAUAAUCGAGAUGAUACAAGGACUAAUUGUCCUUUAAGGUUAUAUGUUUCAUUAGUGCAAGAAACUGGAAAGUAUAAAGUGGCUGAUUUUGUUGGAGAACAUAAUCACACUCUUCAUCUAUCAGAAACAAUUUAUAUGAUGAGAUCUCAACGAAAAAUUUCAAAAGUUCAUGCGGGAUUGAUUGAUUUAGAAUCCUCUUUUGGAAUCAAGCCAAAAGCAAUAUAUGAGUUAAUGAGUAGAGAGGCUGGUAAAAUGCCUAAAACAAUUUUUAUAGAUCAAGAUCUUGCAAUGGCAAAGGCAUUGAAUGAGGCACCAUUUGUUAGUACCAUCUUAACUUCAUUAUCGUCUCAAGUAUCAACUCAUGUGAAUAUUGAUCAAGGAAAUGAGGUUAGGUUCAAUUAUGCACCAACUCCAUGUGUUGAAAAAACAGAUGCUUGCCUAUUUCACAACACUUUUUUGGUUAAUAUUGAUUUUUCAAUAUGA